UCGGUGCUCCUCUUUUCCAGUUCUCGUUUCCGCAGCCCUCUUUUCCUUCACUUCUGCUCUGCGCAGCUCAGUCGCCGAAGGCAGAACAAAUUACAUCAAUGGCUGUCACGUUCUACGACCUGGGCUCGGCUGCUGGCCUCAAGAAACUCGAUGACUACCUGUUAACUCGUAGCUACAUCUCUGGAUAUCAGGCUUCCAAGGAUGAUAUCACGGUGCACGCUGCGCUUUCGAAGGCUUCGUCCGCGGAAUAUGUGAACGUGUCGCGUUGGUACAACCAUAUUGAAGCACUUCUGAGGAUUUCUGGUGUUGCCGGAGAAGGUAGUGGUGUUGUGGUGGAGGGAGCCGCCCCGAUCACUGAGGAGGCAGUUGCUACCCCACCCGUGGGUGACUCAAAGGCUUCUGCUGCUGAUGAAGAUGACGACGACGAUGUGGAUUUGUUUGGUGAAGAGACUGAAGAGGAGAAGAAGGCUGCAGAAGAACGUGCAGCUGCCGUCAAGGCGUCUGGAAAAAAGAAAGAGAGUGGCAAGUCUUCAGUUCUGUUGGAUGUGAAACCAUGGGACGACGAGACAGACAUGAAGAAGCUUGAGGAGUCAGUCAGAGGCGUUCAGAUGGAGGGAUUGUUUUGGGGAGCUUCCAAACUUGUACCUGUUGGGUAUGGUAUAAAGAAAUUGCAGAUAAUGCUCACCAUUGUCGACGACCUUGUCUCUGUGGACACUCUUAUUGAGGAACAUCUCACGGAGGAACCAAUUAACGAAUAUGUGCAGAGUUGUGACAUUGUGGCCUUCAACAAAAUAUGAUUUGAGCUCAGAGAGGUUUAUUGUGGGUUGAGGUUGAUAGACUUCGAGAUCAUUAUGCAUUUUUGUUGUGGCUAUUGUUUUGGUUUUUCUUUUACUUAUUUUGUUUCCUGGGAAUAUGUUUGAAGUGUCUUGUCGUCAUUGGGGAUUUUGUAAUCCUAGCAAUUUAGAUGAUGCCUUAUUUGGUGCUCUUUUGUCACGAACGUCUUUCUAGUUUUAAAACCUUAUUUUAAGUAAAAGCGAAUCAGACCAUUCCAAUUUUGGUAUGGUUUUUGUUUAUUCAUCUAUCAUAUCAAUAAGUUGGUUGA